AUGAUCGUCGUUACAAGCUUUGUACGGAACUCCGCCGUCGCUGCGGUGGCUUCGACGCCAUGGAACGUACGUUUGAGAGAGCUCGCAUAUCAGUCAUUGUUUUCUGAAUCUAUAUCUCUUUACCGGUCAAUGCUCCGUUCUGGUUCUUCUCCCGACGCGUUCUCUUUCCCUUUCAUUCUCAAGUCUUGUGCUUCCCUUUCGCUCCCUGUCUCCGGCCAACAGCUACAUUGCCACGUGACCAAAGGCGGUUGCGAGACUGAGCCGUUUGUACUAACGGCUCUGAUCUCAAUGUAUUGUAAAUGCGGUUUGGUUGCAGAUGCACGUAAAGUGUUCGAAGAAAAUCCUCAGUCAAGUCAGCUUAGUGUUUGUUACAAUGCUUUGAUAUCUGGGUACACAGCAAACUCGAAGGUCACUGAUGCUGCGUAUAUGUUUCGUAGAAUGAAGGAAACUGGUGUGUCUGUGGAUUCAGUUACAAUGCUUGGGCUUGUCCCGCUAUGCACGGUUCCUGAAUACCUCUGGCUUGGGAGGUCUCUUCACGGUCAAUGUGUUAAAGGAGGACUGGAUUCUGAAGUAGCUGUUUUGAAUAGUUUCAUCACAAUGUACAUGAAAUGCGGGUCGGUAGAAGCUGGUAGGAGGUUGUUUGAUGAGAUGCCUGUGAAGGGUUUGAUUACUUGGAAUGCUGUGAUUUCUGGAUAUUCACAGAACGGGCUAGCUUACGAUGUUCUGGAACUUUAUGAGCAGAUGAAAUCAUCGGGUGUUUGUCCUGAUCCUUUUACAUUGGUUAGUGUUCUGUCUUCUUGUGCCCAUCUUGGAGCUAAGAAGAUUGGUCACGAAGUAGGGAAGUUAGUAGAAUCCAAUGGUUUUGUACCAAAUGUUUUUGUAAGCAAUGCAUCGAUUAGCAUGUAUGCUAGAUGCGGUAACUUGGCAAAGGCACGUGCUGUUUUCGACAUCAUGCCUGUAAAAAGCUUAGUUUCAUGGACCGCCAUGAUUGGUUGCUAUGGGAUGCAUGGAAUGGGAGAGAUUGGGCUUAUGCUUUUUGAUGAUAUGAUAAAAAGAGGCAUAAGACCAGAUGGGGCGGUGUUUGUAAUGGUUUUAUCUGCUUGCAGCCAUUCAGGGCUAACGGAUAAAGGUUUAGAGUUAUUUAGAGCGAUGAAGAGAGAGUAUAAGCUGGAGCCUGGUCCUGAACACUACUCUUGUUUAGUUGAUCUACUCGGAAGAGCUGGUCGGCUAGAUGAAGCCAUGGAGUUUAUAGAGUCAAUGCCUGUUGAACCGGACGGUGCUGUUUGGGGUGCUCUAUUGGGUGCUUGUAAAAUCCAUAAGAAUGUGGAUAUGGCAGAGUUAGCUUUUGCAAAGGUGAUUGAGUUUGAACCCAAUAACAUUGGCUACUAUGUAUUGAUGUCAAAUAUAUAUUCAGACUCGAAAAACCAAGAAGGAAUCUGGAGAAUCCGGGUAAUGAUGAGAGAGAGAGCAUUCAGGAAAAAGCCUGGGUAUAGUUAUGUGGAACACAAGGGAAGAGUUCACUUGUUUUUAGCUGGCGAUAGAAGUCAUGAGCAAACAGAGGAAGUCCAUAGAAUGUUGGAUGAGUUAGAGACUUCUGUGAUGGAGCUUGCGGGAAACAUGGACUGUGAUAGAGGCGAAGAGGUUUCGAGCACUACCCGUGAGCAUAGCGAGAGGUUAGCAAUAGCUUUUGGGAUUCUCAACAGUAUUCCAGGCACAGAAAUUCUUGUGAUAAAGAAUUUGAGGGUUUGUGAAGAUUGUCAUGUGUUCCUCAAGCAGGUUAGCAAGAUUGUAGAUCGCCAGUUUGUUGUAAGGGAUGCAUCUCGGUUCCACUAUUUCAAAGACGGGGUCUGCUCGUGCAAAGAUUACUGGUGA